CUUGCAUCCAAUUGCACAUAUUGUCUCUCGUUUCCCUGGAACCCCGAAACACAACAUUGCUAUAAUUGUCUACUCUGCUAUUUCCACCAUGUCGACUUUCUCCUCCCCCCGUCCCUCCAUCACCUCCUCCCGCGCCCACUCGCCCUCCGGACGCCCGUCCCUCGACACCCUAAAUACCAAUACCGGCGGCGGCCUCAGCGCAUCAUCGACGCCCUCCACCGCACGAGCUCUCUCCCCCUCCAUGUACCCACGGCGCAAUCGCGCCGCCCUCCGCGACUAUUACAACCUGAAACCCAGCGCAGCCGCAGAAGCCGGACGCCGGUCUCGCAGCGUGCCUCGGCACACCGACGCAGGGGACAUCUCAAAUCCAACAGUCGUAGCGACAGGGACAGAGCUGGACAGCACGGACUUUGACGCCCAGCGCUACGUGAACCAGCUGCUCGCGUCGUCGUCGCUCGCGACGGUGCUGAAGGCGGAGAACUCGCUCGUCGGGGACAUCCGCACGCUAGACAGCGAGCGCAAGGCGCUCGUGUACGACAACUACUCGAAGCUGAUCCGCGCGGUUGAGACGAUCGGGAAGAUGCGUAAGAGCAUGGACGAUCGGGGGGCGCCGUUGACGAUGACCAAGACGCUGGAGCCGGCUAUUGCGUUUGUGGCGGAGACGGCGGGCGGAUUGAUCCAGGAGGGAGAGGAGCAUCGGCGGCGGAUGAGGGAGAUUCGUGCCUCUGGGGAGACGGAUCGGAUUAGGGAGGCCGAGAAGGCCACUGUGAAGUGGGUGCUGGGGGCGCCUGCGCGGCUGGAGGGUCUGGUUGCGGAGGGGAAACGGGAUGAUGCGGAGAAGGACUGGGAUGAGGUGGUUGAUGUGUUGGAGAAGUGGGAGGGCGUUAAGGGUGUUGAGAGUGUGCGGAAAGCUUGCGAGAAAGUCAUGGGGAAGAAGAAUGAGGCGUCUUGAGGGGUUGGUCUCAUGAUAUUGCAUCUUUCCGACCUCUAGCCAGCUCUAGUCCACUCAGGGGCAUACUUGCUACGGGCAAGGCGACAGAGUUGACAAGUCUACUCUCUUCUGGAUCUGUCCUCUUCCCGGAGUCGGUCAAGAAUCACAUCUGCAGGUCUUUGACGUGCUGGGAACGCACAACGAUGUGGGGAAGAGCUUGCUGCUCAACUCUAGAGAAGCCGUUCAAUCCCUCCUGGUACUAGUUACCAGACCAGUCGACAAGCCCACUACCGCAUUAAAAUGGCAGCCAAAGCAGAGACAAGCAUGUAACCCACGCAUGGGUAUAGCAGCGAUUGAUCGAACGCUACACCAGACUCUAUCGACCUUGGUGGCUGAAACCUCCGAUAUCACACCAGAAUGGACCCAGACACAAUACUGCGAUUCCGUCGAGCUCCUGCCAUGGAACCUUAUUCAGGGGUUGGGGUCUCGUUCGUUAGCAUGAUUAAGGAGGCAAACCCUCCACAGUGUUUUCAAGACGGCCAAUUGAGAAUGUCGGAGGCAGACAACAGAGUCAUCCUUUCAGUAACUCCUGCAAAAUGUUCGAACUUCCUUGUAAAUGCAACAUCAUCUGAACUGUACGUCUGCGCUACCACAUACGGUGUCG